UUGUAGAACGAAAACAAUGUCAAUGUUAACGUUGUGGAGACUUCACUCUGCCCCACGGAUAUUCCAAUCAGCAUAUGCAUACACAUCUUUAUAUCACUCAGAAAAUGGAAUUUAUGGACAUAGAAGGAAAGAACAACGAUUGUCACCCAAAAAAGUUCCACAGAAUGUUGUUACUAGUGAGAACUUCCAAGCUUACAGGCUGACAGAAGCUUACAGAAAACAUGGUCAUAAAAAGGCAACUUUGGAUCCCUUAGGACUUCAGCAAAGAUGUGGUGUACCAGAAAUAGAUUUAUCAAAUUAUGGAUUGUCUAUAAAAGACUCAACAACUCAGUUUGAUGUAAAUGGAAUUUUGAAUAAUGGUGCGUCAAAACUGACAACAGCCCAGUUAACAGAUGCACUAGAGAAUAUUUAUUGUGGACCCAUUGCUGUGGAAUUUGAUUAUUUGCAGACAGAAGAAAGAGAAUGGUUUGCUCAUACAUUUGAAUCUCAGAGAAAAUCGUUAAUACCAGAUGAGAGAAAAGCAGACUUGGCCAAGUUAAUGUUAAAAUGUCAGGCUUUUGACCACUUCCUUGCUAAUAAGUUUACCACAGUAAAGAGAUAUGGUGGAGAAGGGGGAGAAAGUAUGAUGGCUAUAUUUGAUGAGAUAUUUUCUCAUAGUGCACAAGAUGACAUCUCACAUAUAGUUAUGUGUAUGCCACACAGAGGGAGACUUAAUUUCCUAACCUGCAUGAUGAAGUUCCCACCUGUUAUCAUGUUUCAAAAGAUGAAAGGAAAAUCAGAACUGCCACCAGGUGCUAAAGGAACUGGUGAUGUAUUAUCUCAUCUUUAUACAUCUGAAGAUAUCCAAUAUCAUGGAAAGGAUAUCCACAUUUCUCUUAUUCCAAAUCCUUCUCAUCUUGAGGCUAACAAUCCUGUUGCAGUUGGUAAGGCACGUUCUAAACAACAAAGGUUAAAGGUCAGAGAUUAUAGUGAAACAGAUACCUCAGAUCAAAGAGUUUUAUGUGUUCAAGUUCAUGGUGAUGCAUCAUUUUCCGCCCAGGGUGUAGUAGCUGAGACUUUUGGUUUUGCAGAAUGUCCCCAUUUCAAUGUUGGAGGGAGUAUACAUAUCAUUGUUAAUAAUCAGCUGGGAUUUACCACUGAACCUAGUAGAGCAAGAUCAUCUUUGUACAGCAGUUGUCUGGCAAAAAUUAAUUCUUAUCCUGUUAUACAUGUUAAUGCUGAUUAUCCAGAGGAAGUUAUAAGAGCCACAUCUUUAGCUAUGCAGUAUCAGCAAACAUUUGGUAAAGACGUAAUAAUAGAUUUUAUUUGUUUCCGUAAAUAUGGACACAACGAACUUGAUGAUCCAACCUUUACACAGCCCACCAUGUAUAAUAUUAUUAAUCAAAGAAAAAGUAUUCCAGAUAUGUUUUCAGAACAGGUUAUAACUGAUGGUAUAUGCAAUAAAGAAGUUUUAGAUAAAGAGGUUGCUGAUUGGAACAAAGAAUUAUCUAACAAUUUAGAUAUGGUGGAAAAACAUGUGCCAAAGGCAUUCCAUCUGCAAUCAGACUGGUCAAUUUGUCAGCAGGCUGGAGAUGUUGUAACAACAUGGGAUACUGGUGUCUCAUUGGAUACAUUGAAAUUUGUUGGAGCUAAAUCUGUUUCUGUCCCUUCAGAUAUGAAUGUUCAUCCAACUAUACAGAAGACCCACCUAGACAGACGAUUACAGAAAAUACAAGAUGGUGGAGACUUAGACUGGGCUACAGCUGAAGCUUUAGCUAUUGGUUCUUUGUUGUAUCAAGGUUUCAAUGUAAGGAUAAGUGGCCAGGAUGUAGGUCGAGGAACUUUCAGUCAUCGUCAUGGUAUGAUAGUCGACCAGAAGACAGACAGUGUUUAUAUACCACUGAACCAUGUCACUGAUAAUCAAACAGGAUUUCUUGAGUUAGCUAAUAGCUCUCUGUCUGAAGAAGCUGUGUUAGGAUUUGAGUAUGGUAUGAGUAUAGAUGACCCUAAAAGUCUAAUUAUAUGGGAAGCACAGUUUGGAGACUUCUUCAAUGGAGCACAGAUUAUGAUAGAUACAUAUAUAGCCAGUGGAGAGUUGAAAUGGUUAUUACAGAGUGACUUAGUGAUCUUAUUACCUCAUGGUAUGGAUGGAGCAGGGCCUGAACACUCAUCUUGUAAAAUUGAACGGUUUCUACAGGCAACAGACAGUAGUGAACACAAAGUAGACGGAGACAAUGUCAACCUUCAGGUUGUCAACGCUACAACUCCCGCUCAAUACUUCCAUCUUCUCAGACGUCAGGUGGUCCGGAACUUCAGAAAACCAUUGGUAGUGGUAGCUCCUAAAACAAUCUUACGUUUACCUGCAGCGACUUCUACCUUAGAAGAUAUGUUACCUGGAAAAACAUUCUUACCUGUGAUUGGUGAUAAGAAAGUUAAAGGUGACAAGGUCAAAAAAGUUAUUUUCUGUAGUGGAAAACAUUUCUAUACAUUGGAGAAGGAGAGGGAUUCCAGGAAGUUAAAAGAUGUAGCACUUGUGAGAAUAGAAAGUCUAUGUCCUUUCCCAGCAGGAGAAAUUCAACAAGAAGUAACCAAAUAUCCUAAUGCUACAGAUUUCCUUUGGAGUCAGGAAGAACACAGAAAUAUGGGAGCAUGGACAUUUGUCUCUCCAAGGUUUAAUAAUCUAGUUGGACGCCAGUUACGGUAUGUUGGAAGAGAUCAUUUAGGUUCUCCUGCUACAGGUAUUGGUGAAGUACAUAGACAAGAAAGUAUACAAAUCAUUGAGGACACAUUUAGUUAAGGAACGAUUUUCAAAUGUAAAGAUUAUGUUCAGCAUUAAUGUAUAUCUGGGAUAACAUGUGUAUGUGUGCAAGUUUUUGUACUAAAAUUACUGGUGUAUACAUUACAUCACAAGUUUUAAAAAGGCAGAGCUAUAACUGACCAGAAACUGAUAUUAUUUUAAUUCAGAAACAAAUUUUAUAAUUCAAAAAUAACUUAUUCUUGGCCACGAAGAAUUUGCCACUGGAUGUUAAGAUAUCU